GCCGGGUACCUUGAGUGCAGGCUAAGUGUGCCAGUGAGCUGGGAAUUCAAGCAGAAGCUGUGUGCAUGAAUGAAAACCCAGCAGAGAGAAAGAGAGAGAGAAGAAGGGAUAUAUAGCAUCUUCCUUGGAGCAUAUCCUGAGCAUCUGACUGCAGGCACUAUGAGUAAGCUGACCUCCAAUGAAUCACCCAUCUCCAGAGAAGUCCCCAGGCAGGAAGAAAAAGACAAAGCCGAAACCCCCAAGAAAACGGAGCCCGAAGAGGAAGAAAUUGAUAUUGAUUUAAAUGCCCCGGAAACGGAGAAAGCUGCUCUUGCCAUCCAAGGAAAAUUCCGGCGUUUCCAAAAACGGAAACAGGACCCCAGUUCCUGAGCCUUUCCGAAGUCUUCCCGCCUCGCCUUGACGCGCUUUUCCUUUUCCUGUCCCCCAAACCCGCCGCAAUUCCAUUUCCUCUCUUGUCUUCCCACCCCGAGGAAGGGGGGGUCCUCUGAUCUUCAUUUAAUUUAAUUUUUGCACGUCCUGGAAAAAUGUUCAAAGCAGAGGAAG